AUGGAGAGUCAACCUCGCUCCCUGCCUCCCUUGGGUGAGGAAACCCGGGGAAAUGGCAAUUCUGGAACACUCGGCGGCACGAUCGGUGGUGAGCCGUACGUGGAGAAUAUUCAAGAACAAAACGGGACACCUAGCGCGAACGGGAACGCGAAUGGGCAAAGGCAUCCGGAUCAGAAGGCGCCAGUACGGAAGGGUGGUGAUAAUGUGCCAUUCCUCAAGCACCCCCCAGAAAACCCGGAUGAGAGGGCCCAAAAAGACUGCUUAUUUCACUUGUGCCGUGCAACGAGUGGCCGGUAUUACUUUUUCAUUAACAAGCACUGUUUCAUCCGAGGCGAACGGGAGCCCGUGGCUAGUAUCCCGAAAUCGCCCAAGUACUUCACCGUCUGUCCGACCGACUGGCCCUUCAACCAUAACUCGAGUUCCUCGUGCGGAUCCUGCAAAACUAUCACCGGCUUGACCGCCGUCCUCGGCCAGCCCAGGCACGAGAGCCCCUCCAUCUGCUCCAUCUGCUGGGCCUACCUCCCGACCCGCCGCGACCUAAUCAGGCACGCCACCCAGGAAAUCUGCAGGAGAAAUGUCGUGUUUCGGCCGAGGCUCGCCCUCAUCUGGCGCAUGUACGCCGACGCGCUCCGCAUCCCGGGCGCCGACGAGAUCUCCCACUCCACCGCAAAAGAGCGCAAGGUGCGCGCCGAGGCCGCGUCCGUCGCCCGCCGGGGGAAGCAGGAGUCGCACGACCAAGCGCAGAACGAGCUGCGGGAACUCCCGCCACUAGAACCGGAGCCACAACCACCACAAAUACCACAAGCCUUCCCCCCCUCUUACCCGAAAGCAACACCUCACCUCCCACCCCAACCGUGCUUCCCCCAACACACAACACCACCACCAACCCCCCCACCGCUCGUCAUCGCCCUCUCAUCCAGCCCCCCAACAGCAGGGGCAGGAGCAGCAGCAGGAGGAGGAGGAGCAGUAGCACCACCACCAACACCAGUGUCAACACCCGAACCAACCCCGCCGCCGCCCCCACCAGCGGAGCGCGCCAUCCCCCCCUGGCCCCUAGUAGGAGACCACGCCAUCCACGCCGUUCCCCCCGUCCCCCCAACGACCACAGCCGAGACCGAGACCCUAGCCCGCAGCGUCGACCGCCUGACGGGCGUCGUCAGCGACCUGGCCGAGGCCAACAAGCGGCUGCUGCGGGAGGUGCGCGUGCGUGACGAGCGCAUCCGGGAGCUGCUGUGCGCUGGGAUGGAGAUGGAGAUGGAGAGGCGCAGGGUGCUUUCGCGUUCGCGUUCGCCUCCUUUGAGGGUCAGGGUCAAGGUCAAGGUCAAGGUCAAGGUCGCGGUCGCCUUCGCCUUCUCCUUCGCUGGGAUGGGAGGGGGUUGGAGUAUACAGCGUAUUGUAUUGUUCCUCGUCUUGAUGGCCGUUGACAAGCAGCCAGCCAAAAAUAAGUCAAGAAAGUAA